CCAGAGAUCGUUUCUUUCCUGUUAAAUUAUCUGACGACACUGAACGACAUUAACGUAAUUAAGCUGACAUUCCGAGUGACAACCGCAAAUUUUUAAAAUGUACUGGAACAAUAAUUAAGCACCAUUUUCAUGGCGAGCGAUUCCACGACUAGCGUAGCCCCGAACGAAAACAGCGACAGCUCGAUUUGGUCCUCAGAUUACGAAAACAAUCGGCCCAUCGCCAAAAACGCCACCAAUAAACUUUCCGACGUUCCGGAAAAGAAAAGGCACUGUCCGCCGUCGGAGAAAAAGGGAAAAGGGGUCUCGAUUUGUCUGACGCACUGCAGAUACGACGUAAUCAGGAAGAUGGUGCAGCGGUUUAACUUUAAGGAAGCCAGCGAGGGGGAAAAUUGGAACAUGUACUGGACAGAUCUGUCGAUCACGGUGGAACGGUGCAAGGAGAUGAAACGUUUCCAGAAAAUCAACCAUUUCCCCGGAAUGCUCGAGAUUUGCCGCAAAGAUUUGCUCGCGAGGAACUUGAACAGGAUGAACAGGUUGUUUCCGAGAGACUACAACUUUUUCCCGAAGACGUGGUGUCUGCCCGCCGACCUGGGUGACGCGAUGGCGUACAGCAGGUUGCGACGGAACAAGACGUUCAUUUUGAAGCCGGACGCUGGCAGUCAAGGUCGUGGGAUCGUCAUCACGAAGUCUUUGAAAGACGUGCGACCAUGCGAUAAGGGCAUCUGCCAGGUAUACAUAGCGCGGCCGUUUCUAAUCGAUGGCUACAAGUUCGAUCUGAGGGUUUACGCGUUGAUUACCAGCUGCGAUCCGCUGAGGAUUUACGUCUACGACGAAGGUCUGGUCAGGUUCGCCACGGCCAAAUAUAAGGAACCGAAUGGGGUCAACUUCACCAACGUGUUCAUGCACCUGACGAACUACGCGGUGAACAAGCAUAGCCGAAUGUACAACCAAGACCUGGAUGGGGCGGGAAGUAAGAGAAAACUAUCGUGGCUGAAGAACCAUUUGCUCGGCUUGAACUACGACGUCGACGCUAUUUGGUGCCGUAUGGACGACGUCAUAGUAAAAACCAUAGUGAGCGCUUACCCGGUUUUGAAGCACAGCUACGCCGCAUGUUUUCCCAACCACGACGUCGUGCCUGCGUGUUGCGAGCUGCUAGGUGUCGAUAUCAUAUUCGACAAGCGGAUGAACCCUCAGGUCCUCGAGGUGAACCACUCGCCCAGUUUCCAUACGGAUACCCAACUCGACUGCGAGGUGAAGGAAGCUUUGCUGAGUGACAUGUUCGCCAUGCUGAACUUAGAUAAAUGCGACAAAAGGAGAGUCAUGCGCGAGGAUAGGAAACGCAUCAGAGAGAGGCUGAUACACGGCCACAAAGAUCACCAGGUUCCGUGUGUUGAGGUCAAAUGCUUCGACCAGCAUUUCAAAAACGAAAUGGCUGCCAGAGGGCGAUUUAGGUUAGUCUACCCGCUACACAAUAGUUCCAGCGUGUACGGGAGAUUCUUCGAGCAGAAUCUGAAUACUUUGUACUGCGACACAGCCUCGAGCAGGGCCAGGGAAGCCGCGCAAAACGCUCUGAGGGACGAGAUGCAGCUGAAAGCUAGAUUGGAAGCUGCCAAACGUAUUUCUCCGAUACCGAAGCAAUCGCGACCGCCCAGCCAAGGUCUUUCCAAAACUCGCAAACCGUUGUUGACCAUCAAAAGCUCCGAAGCCAGAAACUCUUUCGAACCUCAGCCGAUAAUCGAAUCAGAGGAAAAGGAGAGGCUCAGAGGUCUGGCCGAAAGAGAACACCUGCUGAAAAGUCACGGGAUUGUGGAACUCGUGUACUUUUCGUUGAAGCAGAACAAAGCGAUCAGACCGGAGGACGCGAGGAAGUAUUGCAUUUUCGAAAAAUUUCGGAACGCUAGUCAAAUGGUCAACAAAGGAGGGGGUCCCUAUAUUUCCGACAUCUUUGGUGGGAUCGAUGGUAAGAAGGGGGUCGGAAGAGAAGUGGAAGCUGUCACACGACAGUCGGAGAGAGUGCACAACAUGAAUUCUAUUUACACCGAGAUCGAUAGAAGGGGAAACGCAAAUCUGAAAUUGUUGUCGACGUUUGGAGUCGAUUGAGACUGCCACAUCAGCAGCGUCGUUUGUUAUUGUUUUAGCCGAUUCGGAAGAAA